CUCAGGCCACCCGUCUGUCGUGGACACGAGUGAGACGUCCCGGAAUCGCUGUACCCCGGGCUUCCAGCGGCGACCGGCAGCACCGUGGGAGGGACGCGAAGCGAGUGAGCUACCAGCGGCAUCGAUGGCGGUCUGAUUGGCAGCGGGCCCGGGCCCACCGCGAGAGGCGAAGAGUAUGGACGAAAACAGCGGCGGUUGCCUGUCGCCGGAGGAGGCGGCAGCCGCGGCUGCUGGGCCCGAUGAGGAGGAGGGCGCGGAGGAGGCGGUUCACGGCGGAGAAGAGGCGGCCUCCUCUCCCUCGCCGGUGGCCGUGGUGGUGGCGGCGUCCCCCGUCAGCCCCCAAGAAGCCGUGGUGGAGGAGGAUGACGACAUAGAAGAGGGCGAGGAGGACGCGGAGCGGCAUGCAGUUCGCUCGCCGCUCGACGCCGGCUCCGAGCAGUCGCCCGAGCUGCUGCAGGCGGCCGACCUCUCGGUGCGCGACGACUCGCCGUGCGGCGAAGUCGGCGCCGACGAAGACGACCUCGACGACCCCGUGAGUCCCGCCUCGUCGACGGGCAUGAUCGACGCGUCCGAGUUCCGCGGGCUCGACCCGGGUUCCUACCCGGGUCGCAUGUCGCCCGGCGGUUUCUCGAGCAGCAGUUACGCGACGCUGACGCCGCUGCAGCCGCUGCCUCCGAUCUCGACCAUGUCGGACAAGUUCUCCCACUACGGCCACCACCACCAACACCACCCGGGGGCCAACGGUGGCUUCGCGCCACUCGCCAUGGGCAUGGGAGGCUAUUCGCAAUACGACAAACUCGGUGCCACCAUGUCCGGCGCGAUGAACAUGAGCCCGCCGCACGGCACAGCGCCCAUGCUGGGCGCCGGCUCCGCUCUGCCGUCGCCGCCUCCUUACUCGCAGAACGGCCUGAGCGUCGACAAGGGACUGAACGGAUACGAAGCGGCAGCAGCGGCAUCCUACGGUGGAUCCUCGGCGCCACAGAGAGAGCUGACGCGGCUCGGAUCGCCCCAGUCGCCGACGAGCCUGCACUCGCCCAUGCUACCGGCCCUCAACGGCCUGUCGCCGCACACGCCUCCCCAGGCGCACCUGGCUGCACCUGCGACGCCGCCGCAGCCGCCUCAGCCGCAGCCGCCCGCGCCGCAACCGGAACCGAAACCGGCGCGGGUGCUGUUGCCCGUGGUGAGCAGCAACGCUCUGGGACAGGUGGUCGUGUGCGGAGCCAGGGCUUCCGUGGUGUCGUCGAGCCUGGUGCUCAGUCCGACCAAGGCGAUCCACCCGGCCGCGGUGGUCACUCAGCAGGUAGCCCACCCGCAACAGCAGCAGCAGCAGCAACAGCAGCAGCAACAGGCGCAGCAGCAGCAACACGCGGCCCAAGUGAGCGGCGGUGCGUCCAGCCCCGCCGACGAGGCGGAGGAGAUCAACACCAAGGAACUGGCGCAGCGCAUCAGCGCCGAACUGAAGCGCUACAGCAUUCCGCAGGCCAUCUUCGCGCAGCGUGUGUUGUGCCGCUCGCAGGGGACUCUGUCGGACUUGCUGCGCAACCCGAAGCCCUGGAGCAAGCUGAAGUCGGGCAGGGAGACCUUCCGCCGCAUGUACAAGUGGCUCGAGGAACCCGAGUUCCAGAGGAUGUCGGCGCUCAGGCUCGCAGUGAAAAUGAACGCUCAGAGCCCAAAGUUGGACGCCGCUUGCCCUGCCCGCACCAGCAGUUUGUACACAACACACUCAAGUACGUACAUGAGCGACGUUCAUUUGCCGUUUAACUCCUUACCCUUUGCCUGCAAGCGGAAAGAGGAUGCGCCUGGUGGAGCGGGUGCGGCCGGGCCGGCGGCCAAGAGUCAGCCCAAGAAGCCGCGGCUCGUCUUUACCGACCUGCAGCGACGCACCCUGCAGGCCAUUUUUAAGGAGACCAAGCGGCCCUCCAAGGAGAUGCAGAUCACCAUCUCGCAGCAGCUGGGGCUAGAGCUCAGCACCGUGGGCAACUUCUUCAUGAACGCGCGCCGCCGCUCGCAGGACAAGUGGCAGGACGAAGCGGACAAGGGCGCCAAGGGAAACUCCACGUAGCGCCCCGCCCCCACCACAGCACUGUCCAUGGUACCCGCCGCUGCCCGCCCUCCCGCCGCCCGCCUCUUCGUUCGUGGCAGCCCAGGCAACGCUGGAAUAACGGACCCUCAACCCCGAGCAGCCUCACCGACACUGCACACGAUGUCUAGUACUCGCUACUACGGACAAGGCAGGCUCGAAGACGCCCUGCCCAGCAGCAAUAUGUAUCUGUGCGCACUGACGCUACCUUCCGGCGCUCUGGACAACCAAGCCUCGUGGCAUGCGCUCCAGGUGUAGCACUGUCUAAGCAGACCCCCCCAGAACCCAUCGCCCGCCUUCCAGGACUGCAUUGCUCCCCUUCGAAGACGCUCAUUCGUCUAGGGGAGGCAGAUGGACACACUGUCGAACAAGUGCCCGUUCCCGCCGGCUUCGGUGUGGCAUGCAGCGCCACCUGCGUGGCCGCGCGUACCCACCUGCGCGUAUCUGUCUUGCUGCGGUUGUUGGCCACAGCGUGGCGGGGCCUGUGAAAGAAAAUGCUCGCGUUAUUGCGGUAUUCUUCUGCGCAGGGAGGGAGGGUGUUAACGUGAUGCACGCUGCGGGGGACGAAGCAGUGGCCCCCUUGACUGUGGGUGGUUAGUGGCGCCAUCUGUAUGUCGGCUUUCGCACUACUGUCUGCUUCGUGGAGGACCCGCUGCGACUCCUCCGUGCGCCCGGCGCAGUGUUCUUCACUAAACCACUGAGCGGACAGUGGGUCAUCCGUGGGGGAGGGUUCGCAAUCCGCGCCAUGUGGGAGUGAGCUUCGCCGCACGUGCCGCAUGCUAUGGCUGAUAGUGGGGACACCUAAGAAAGUAUGGUCGAAGUGCGAGGCGUUUUCAAAGUUCAAAAAAAAAGGUCAGCGAGCCAGAUUUAGUCACCUUUGCGGUAUAUCGACGCAAUAUGUGCUAGAUUGAGCGUGUGAAGGAUAUGGUGAACGUAGAACGCAUAAUUCACGCCGCGAGCACGAAUGAAACAACCGCUCUCUGGAUGGUCGUCCCACAGAGCGUUAGUGACGGAAAUUGCUAGUGUUUUACCUAAUCCUUCAAUGUCUUCAAAAUUUUACACAGCCGUGUCAAGAUGCUUGUCAUACCGUAUGUUCGAAAUGCGUGUCAUAUGUGUAUAUUCAUGUCGCCAAUCAGAAAAAGAAGCAUGAAAAAGGCACCUCUGUGGUAUGUCCCUCCGAUCAUCAGUGAUGUGUUCAGUUGAAGCUGUUAAUUGAAUGUCGUCAGUGCACGUAAUGUAUCACGUAAUCCUAAAAAAAUACUUACAUUCAGUUUUAACUUGGACAUUGUAAAGAAAAGAUUCACUUCAAGUUAAACCAAAAAGUUUAGCGUGUGUGGGAAAAACUUUAUUUUUUUUACAAUUGCACCUAAAUAAAGGUUCAAGCUGGUGCAACACCAGCGAGAUAUCCUUUGUAGAGUACCUCCGACGAACAUGCUCUUGUGGCAUGAUUAUCGAGAGGUGACGUAACAAUCUCAGAGGCAAAGUGCUCAACAUCCAUCGUUGAGCUGACUUCACGAGGAAGUACUGUCUCGAGUUUUCUGAACCAGUGUGUAAUAGAAUCCACUAGAACUCAUCCAGUGCAGGUUGCCUUAGCCCAAACGCAUUUCGCGCUGCCUUAUGGGAGUUUUCUCAAGAUGCGCGGCCGAGACACCAGAAUACUGUGGCAUGCGCAAAUGGACAGUCCGGUUAAAGAAAAGGAAGCGCAGACGUUUCCAGUCGUCGGCACGUGCGGCGAAAAAGCCAUUUCGUUGCGAGCUCCUCCCUAAUACCCUCAAGUUGGCGUUAGGCUUAAUCUCCCAGGUGAUACCUAGCUUAAGAUGCCCGGUUCGGCUCUUGCUUCGAAGCGAGGAUUCUGUGGCUGCGACUGCGUUGCUUCAGUUGUGACUGUCGCGAAACACUCCAUACGACGAAUUUCACAUAUACGUAAAGCGUUGUCAGGAGCUCGGUAAUUCGCUAUCGUAAUUUCACCGCCUUUGGCCAAAUAAUAGGAAUCAUUAGCGUUGUAAAGCGCUCCACAGGAGUAUGCAGACGCCAUAAGGUUCACACGACGUGGAAACCGUUAAAUUUAACAAACGAAAGUAGCUAGAGUUAUUUCGAGUGAGGAUAGCGAUAUUCACGACUGAAUGAGUCCAAUCACACCUUUUCCUCCUUAACUGACAAACCACGGAAGGAAAAAGAGCCGGGUGUUCUUAUUCUUGUGUUUUUUUUUUUUUGCCGGUAUCACAAGUGUGUGUCGUUUAGGUUUUCGAUGACCUGUUGUUGCUGUCUCCGUAGGGGCCUCCGGUCAGUGGUUCACACUCUUAGCCCUAGGCGGCACUCGCAUUCAUAAUUACGCUGACCCAUCGCUGUGUAUAGUGUGUGCGCUUGCACUGUGUGCGCAUGUGUGUGGCGUAAAGACGCGUCGACUCGAGUGCAAAUCGUUUUUGUUUUUUCUUUCACCUUGCUUGUCUAGUAUCUGUCCGUCAAACUUCCCAUAGGCUUUUUUUUUCUUUUGUUUAUCUGUUUUCUGUGAUAGAAUCGUGCAGAAAUCGUGACGCACCAUUUCCAAGUCGAACGUAAACCAACCGCAUCGGACGAGACUCGAUGAAAAAUUGCAAAGGACAGCUCUCCUAGGCAAUCGGUCAAUGUUGAGAUGCAUCGCGCCCUAUAAGGCAUAUAUAAGUGUAAACUGUAAUUAACGUUGCCGACAAUUUAAGUGUUAAUUACAGGGAUGUCUGUAGAAAGGGUAAAAACUAAUGAAGUGACAGCAGCGUCAUCAACGUUUAAGCAAAUUAACAUUUACGCUAAGUAGUGUUUCGCGCCAGUCAACCGCAUAUUAACUGCGCAGUGCUUUGAUUGGCCAUAAUACAAGUUGCGCGGCAUCAAAUUACGUAAAUACCAAUAUAAAAGUCUUACACAUGCUAGAUUACUUCGCAUUCAGGCUUGAUUUCACAAAAGAUGCGUGCUUGCUUUAAUCUCAAAAUUUCCUAUUUUAAAGCACACAUCCUUUAUGUUGUCAUAGCGUAUUUUAUCUACAAAACUUCACACAGCCGCGAACGCUGCUUUAUUGUACACCGAUUCGUUCCAGUGCGCACCACACGCGCUGAAAGAGAACCUGCUUUCGUUUAGUUCAUAAAACGGGAGUAACUUAGCAGAUCAAACAAAAUUGCAUAGCCUUCUAUGAGAAUCGCUGGCAGUAUGGGAUGAAGAUCGUGCUUAUGCUCCUGACUGUGCGGUUUGCUUUUCGAUGGGAUGGCACUCUAGUCAAGCCGUAGGGUAAGAGUUGUACAAGCCUGCCGUGUAGUUGCAAAAUCGAGAUCCACAUUGAUGUGUCCUAGCGUUGUUGCUAGAGCAUUUUUAAGAGGAAACAGGAAAAAAAAAAACAUCGGAUGUGAUGCUAACUCUCUGCUAAGUUUUUCGUUGGGUGCGUCUCUUGGUAUACUGUUCAUUUUAUUUCAUCAGUUGUUCUUAUUGUGUUGCGUAUGUGUGUUAGUGAACGCGAAGAUUGCACCGCAAAACCGAGCGAGGUAAAAAAAAAAGGACAACAGAUGAAUUGUGAGGACGCAUUCUGUGUUGCCUAUAGUAUACAAAUAUAUAUAAUAUAUACAUAUAUUGUCGAAUGCCGCGUGUGGAGCAUGUCGUGAAGCUUGAUGCUUGUGAAUCCCAUCCCCGAAGUUGUCGACGAGAAGAAAAAAAAAGUUCAAAGCCGUAUACAGUGGCAAAUGCAGUAUCUGCUGUAAGGGCUCCGAAAGCUUUCAGGCGGGACGCGCAUAGUCUAACGCAACUAGUUUGGUUUGCGCGAUGGAGACUUCGAGACUAGCACAGCUUACGCGCGUUAAAAAUACAUCCGCAAAAAAAAAAAUGAAAUGCUCUACAACAUUUCUGCUAAAGCUACGGGAGAGCUUCUCGGUGUAGAUGUCACUGUUACGCCGCGAACAGAACUUGUACACGUGCUGGCAACGUGAGAAGAACGACAGUCACACAUGUGAAUCCUGAUUAGUGUGCAAGAAUGUCAAACAAACGAAGAUGCAUAAGAAGCAUUGUCUUGUAUUCUGAUCUGCUUUGAGUCGUCUUUUACUGGUUUGUUUAUUUGUGUAGUGUCCCGUUCGGAAUCAGCACCAAUUGAAGCGUUUGAGAACUCAUUCCGGUUUUCAUCGCUCCAUUGACUGAAUUGACAGCACGUAGAAUGGUGUGCACUCCGGAGCAGUCCGUUGCCACAGCUGGUUCCCAAUUAUGUCGUUAUGUGGCUACGAUUUGUAAAAACAGUGUUCCACAGAUAGCCUUAGUUGUUGCCGAAGAUUGCAGCACAUUUUCUAAUUACCGGAGAUGACUGAGCCAUGCUAUCGGUUCGAACAAUUCGUACGUCGUCAUCACGUAUGCUACACAACUUCGUACCAUGCCAUCAACCAUUUUUGUUUUUCUAAACGAAAGUUUCAAAUUAGCACUCGGUGGGCGGGUUGCAAGAAGAUCAUCUCGGAAACGGUUAAUAACUUUCCGGUUUUAAAAACAGCAAAAAAAAAACACGAAAAGAGAUUCGUGCCCGGAGCAGAAGACCGGUGUUCUUCGAGAUUGACAGAUCCACGUCAGCGCGCCACGGCUGCAAGAGCACGGCGCGAAACGAUCGCGAAAUAACCGUGUUGCUUCCACUAAGGAAGCAACAAGAACGAAAUUAGAGACACGGGACUUUCAAAGCACAAAACGGAAGCAAGAAAGACGCAAAGAAACAGCGACUAGGUGCCUACCUUUAGAGAGGAGACUCCGGGAGGCGUCCCUCUCAUCUCGGCACGCGAUCCCGAAAGACGAGGUGGGGGGGGGGGGGCACCCAAAUUACAAUUAGGAAAAGGAGCUCCACGCCUUCGGAAAACGAAACGCCGGAGACUUAAUUACUCGUAAAAACCCGGGGCUCUUCAAAAGGCCUCGCCUCUUCUUUUCUUUUUUGCCCAGCGUUCCUUUCCGCGCACAGCACAAGCAGCGAGAAAUGAGCCUUCAAGCGCCCCGAGAAUCCCUGCAAUCAGUACGGAGCCAAUCAGAGACACCGCCCCCCCCCCCUGCCAUAGAACUGUUACAGGCUCUAACACAACUCUUGGGCCCCUUUCCUUCCAUCCUUUCUCAAUUCGCCUUGCGUUCUUCGAACGAUGCCCUGUGAAGCUUAGGAUGCAACGUUGAAGGUUACGAGUAUGGUGCGAUGCCGCUCUGUUGGCCUUCAGCUAUUGUGCUACUAUACGUAAACAGUGCUAGCCAUGGACAGGCUCGAUUCGAUGGUGGUGGUGCCGUUGUGGUAGCACGCUGACGCGGAGCUGUUUCAGCGCCCGGGUGUGUUUGAUGGUGAGGCGCGCACGUGGGUGUGUAUAGCGUCGACAGCACAGCUCGGCGAACUCAUCUCGCUCGAAUGGUCGGUCACGUGGCUCAAAAAAAAAAAAUCUUAAAGAGAUGCUACGGAGAGGCGUACUGCUGGCGUGUUGCACUCCCCUCCAGCCGAGAUUGCUGUUCACUCCCUCCAUUAAUUAGCUCUCAUUACUCGGGUCACCGGCCAAAUACGAUUGGGAAAAGGGCGGUGUUUCUUUUAUUUGCUUUUAACUUUUUUGGCAGUUCCUGUAUACAGUUCUCGUUGGCGCACGAGCGUGUUUUCUUCCGCUAGGAGGACUCUCGGGAACUUGGGACGUGUAACGCAGUGUUUUGGAGGCAAACGGUACAGCAGGGGUGGCCGGUGUCGUGGUUUUGCGGCAUUUUCUUUGAUUCUCACGAAGGCGCGUCUUCUCCUCAUAGGAGGAACUUUGUCGAGCCCGAGCUUUGGCAUGAAACCUUCAAGUUCAUUCCAGGUGCGAAAGUAAAUGGUCACAGCCAGAGGUUGACAUGGUCAUUUAGGAAUUUCGGCCAUUAAUCCCUGCAAGGGAAACUCUGUCUUUAUCUGAAGGUUCAGCGCAUCUCUAGUCUCUCUUGAAAUUAAAACCGUUUACUUUGCAAGCUUAAGAUAAAAUCGGGACAAAUAAAAGCAUUCUCGGCACAAGAUAAGCGGCGUUGUGUGUUGCAAUAUCUAAACCUUACCUGGCAUCGCAGAGCGCCCGUGUUCGCUGUUCGUACCAGGACAAAGCAGUAGUCUUAGUGACAUUCUGCUAAAGAUCGUAUUGAGCUCUCAUUGGUGAUCCCAAUGCGCGGGUGUGAAUGCUGGGCAUUAAAAAAUUUCCUCGAUUUCAGCACGGAAGAUACCUUGACUGCACGAAGGUGUACGUCCCGUCUGGGAGCUUCGGAGCCUUUUUGUACAGAUCGGCCUGGGCGGCCUUUGAGCGCUACUCGCUUCCAAAGCAAUACCGCGUUCCCACACCUUCAUUGUCUUCUUUGAGGCGGGAGAUCACGCGAACCCGUUGCACUGUUCCGAGCCGUCUCCGCUGAAGUUGAGGAGCCCGUCUCAGGAGCGCCGAUCUCGAAGGCGACGAUGUCCUGCUUCAACAGCCGAGUCCUGUUCCCAUAAGCGUCUGAUAACAGAGUGGUCUGCAGACUCCGUGCAAGUUUCAACGCUGCCUCUCGCAAAAAGAUGAGAUCACUCACGUAGGCAGUGAUGGGAGGAGCAGAACGUAAUGGUUUCGAGGUUCUUACGUCGACAUACGUCUUUCUUGUGUCUUUGUAAACGGCGUUUCUUUCAAUGGCCAGUUAGUUCUGUAGUAUACUCGAACUUUUGAACGUCAUGGAUACCUCGACCCGUUUACAGGGUGUCCAGGGGCCUUUGUUUAGGUUUUAUUCUCCCUAAAUCCGAUUAGAAAACGUGCUUCGAGUCCCUGAAAACUGAAAAAAAAAACACGUCUUCGAAAAAUGUCCUAGCCUUGCAAGUGCAAACAAAUGCGCUCUCGCAACGUUUUCCACCAUAAAAAGCAAAUGCUGCUGAUCUGGUUAUACGUUAACAAUUACCGUUUUUGAUGGGGUUCGUGCCGCUGUAAAGAACGCGGCUUUGUUCAGUACAGAUCGUCGCUCGCAACUGCAUGCUUCGAGUAGCUCCUCAGGGUCUUUUUUUCAUCGAGGUCGUUCCUUGCAAAACCGUCUUCAACUUGGAAGAGCCAUUGAGCGUUCUUGCCUGCGGUGUGCGAAACAUAGACCCUAUUGAAGCUCCGAAGACUUACUGGCAAUCGUUGCUGGCCGAGCGAUUACCUGUCAUUGGUUGGCAUUAAUCCAACCUCGACCACACACGGUGAACCUAAGAUUCAAAGCGAGUGGUCAUUUUAAAGCCGCAAGAUAUCGAUAUGACAGCACCAAGCUACCUAGAAAUGUUAUGUCCAUGGGUCUGUCGGCUCGUACGAACGGAAUAAGAACGCGUGGUUGCAACGCUACCAUCCACCGCGUGAAACCCUCGUAAACCUACGCGCGGCCUCUUGCACUUGGACUGCCCGAUAGAAUGCGUACUCUUGUCUCCACAGGACGGUAUUUUUUUUUCUUUAAUUCUAGACGAGCCAUUUACUUGGUCGUGUACUUAAUGUAUGCUGGGGAGUUCAGACCCAUAGGCGCGUAUGUUUUUUGGCAUGACGGCACGUUGAUUAUGGGGCUACUGCGUUAUUAUUACCUCCGACGUUUUCAUACCGGUGAUUCCCACUAGUUUGUAGGGGGCUGGGAUCGAGAAACGAAAUCGACGAGGUGACGAGCACAGUUGCUCGCUGUGUUCAGAUGCGGUGCAUUCCAUACUCCUUGACGACUCAUUUCGACCGCAUUAAAAAAAAUGCGAUACGUUCUCAGCAUUCCGCAGCAAACCCAUACAGGAACUGAAGGCAGGGCUUCAGUUCGUAUUUAGUUAUUGUACAAUAUUAUUUAUACAAUUUUACUGUGUAGUUGUACGUGGUCGUAUAUUUAUUAACUUAUUUAUGAGCACAUCUUCUACGAUAGAAAGUCUGAUAUUGCGUGGGCGCUUACUCGUUUUGGUUACAAACUUCUCGUCAACUUUUUCACACACGCGAUCGAGAACGAGUUAACACUUAGACGUCAUUUAAACUUAUUUCCUUAUUGAAUGACGGUUUAAACUUUUCGAUAUUGUUUACUACAGACAACGAGAGAUAGAUAGCGAAACGAUUGUUCACGUGUUGAAUCUAAUUUGUUGGCGUUCCCAAGCAAACUCCGAGCAUAUUGAGCAGUGUGUAGAAUCGCCUUCUUCUUAUUGAGAUGUUCUAAAACUGCUCACAGGUCACACAAGGAUGUGCGCAUACGCUCAAAUGUGAUUAUACGGUUAAUCUGCUUCUGUUGAUCGAAUCACUUGAGUUGAUGUACCUCUCAUCAGUUCACUCUCUGAUGAUGAACGUAUAGUCGCCAACGUCUGACUCUAGUCAACGACGAAAGAAGAAGAAAAAAAAAACAUUCUACUUCAUAUUUGCCGCUAAAAGCAUCCCAUAGCGAUCUCUACUUACGAGGAGUCGAAUUUUGUGCACUGUGUCUAGGUUCGCACAAAUUGCGCACCUUUUGUUACAACAUUUGCUCGAUGUGUGUAAUUUAGUAUCAUAGUCUCAGUGUUUUAUUGUUGAAUUCGUUGCUGCCUAAUGAACAGGUGUGAUAUUUUGCCAUUCCUUGAUUGUGAUCUUCUCCUUUUUUUUUUGGUCUCAUAUCUUGAAUGAAACGUCUGCAAGUAUGACACCCUUUUGCCCAUGUUACUUUCGGUACUGUGUUCAUUUGCAUCCUCCGUGAACGGGUUAUCUUAUCCGGCAACUGAUAUCUUUUUUAUGUGAUGCGAUUUGUCAUGGCUACCUCUCAAAACUGUAAGCACUGAUGUCUGUCAUUAAUGCCAUUUUUGUUCACUGUUUUUGUGUGUUUGUGUGAAUGUAGGUAGAUGUGGCCGCGUAAAUUAUUUCUUGUGAGUAUGAUACCACGUGUAUGGUUCAUGUUUUAUGGUGUUCUCUUUCUCAUGUGCUAGGCAUCAUCUUACAGAUUCGCUUCGCUGAGAACUUUCAGGAAAAUGUGACGUUUGUUUGUUUAAAAACUCUCGUUCUGUAACUUCUACAGAUAUUUUGCCUCAAAGGAGCAACUUUAACAUCUAGAAACUGCAUAGCGAGUAAUGAGGUAUACACUGUGCCUAUGACACACUUCAAGCUGCAAUCUGAUAAAAGAAAAUUACCGAAAUUUCUUCCGAUGUUGUAAAUUUCGUGCAUUCAGAUAUACAUAUAAUUAUUAUCCGCGUGACCU